CGAGAUGGACAGGUCGCCUAAAGGCCACCUGCUAGCUGCGAUGGUGUUGUUACUAGUUGCCAGGCCAGUAGUUUUAGAAGAAGCCCUGGAAAUCAGUUACCAAAGUUUAAAACGACUUCAUCAACUUCAACAGGUCAAGGCCAGAAUAUUAGAUGGCCUUCACCUUGACGGUGUGCCAACACUACCUAAAGGCAUAACUCGUCCCACGGUGCAGAAGGCUCUGUCACAACUCCACAAAGCGGUUAUGCCCGGACAGAACCCAAACUUUGAAUAUCCGGAACAUUUAGCUGUCAUCUUGUUUUCGGAACCAGCUAAAUCGCUGGAAGACAAGAACACACUCCAGUUCCAGUUAAACGGCAACGGGAACGGCUCUCCCAUCGAGGUGAAAAGUGCAAGCCUAUUUAUUCGAAUAAAAACGAAGAAGUCCGAUGGCAGCGAGAAGCCUCCGAAGUCUAACAAAUCCAGGAAGAAAAACAAUUCACAGAGGAAAAUAAAACUGCUGAUUCGACACUUUGACCGGAAGCGGAAGCGCUUCCGCAGGGUCACCCUUCUCAAGGCCAGCAUUAGGAAAACAAAAUGGCUGAAACUACACAUACCGCAGUCAUCCGUGGAGCGAGACUUGAAUUCCGGAAAUAAGACAAUUUUACUGAAGGUGACAUGUAAAAGGUGUAAACAGAGUUUGAGUCUUGAUCUUCUCUACAAGAAAAACGCCAAGAAAAACAAAAUCGGGAAACGGCGGAAAUCCAAAAAGCGACGUCUAAGCCACACGCGACCUUUCCUCGUGGUGUACACGAAACCCCAGGUUUCCACGCGACCUCGACGUAACCUUGACGACUGCUCAUCCGCCAACGUUUCACACUGUUGCACCAGACAAAUGUACGUCGAUUUUCGAGAGAUAGGAUGGGAUAACUGGAUAUUGUAUCCCCCGGGCUUUACAACGUCAACAUGUGACGGCAGAUGCGUUACGUCCACUCCGCAUGUCGUGACCUCAAAUCAAGCGUCACGUGGUCGUAAUUCGACCAAUCAGGAAGUGGCGUGUCGACCUACUUCUUCUGAGCCACUGACCGUAGUCUACUAUAAAAGGAUAAACGUAAUUGUCCGGAGAACCAUCCCAAAUUUGGUUGACGGCAACUGCGGGUGUGUUUAAUUUUAAUACUUCCCUAAUUAAAUAUUUAUUUUAUAAACACGUGACCAAAGACGCAACUUCGAGGAUUAAAUCAGAGGAACUUGCUUGUCCGAAAUGCGUUUUAAUUACAUAUACUUUCAAUAUAUGGAGGGAAUCCCCGGUGAACACCAUUGGGUUUGUGGCUCUGUCUUUGUGUUGUGUGUAUUGAUAUAUAAACUGGAAGAGUCGUUUUUUCUUGUCUCGAGAUUCCGUGUGACUAAAGAGCUGUUGGCACACUAAAUCCGAAUAGUUUUGCUGGGGACAGCUGAGUAUAUAAUCUACCUGUAGCUCAGUCACGGGUCAGUGCGCUUAUGAAAUGACGCCCCCUUCACUGUACGUCUCACAAUCAUAUUUCAGACUGUGUGUUUUUAAAUGUUAAUUUAACAAAAACAAUUAGCUAGUGAUCAAAUUAUGUGUGACCGAUGGUGAAAGUAUGCAGAUAUUCAAGGGAGACAAUCCUUAACAAUCGUCAUACGUUUUUCAUAUCUAAUCUAAACGUUGAAUUUACUGAAUUGAAUAAAAUUGGGAAAUUAUGUUUGUGAAAAUAAUUAAUUCUAGAUUUAUCCACAUCGUAAAAUUAGAGUUAAUAGAUAAAAGGGAUUCUGCAUGACCUGACACCAAACGACGAGAACUGCCAUUUUGACCUGACGACGUUCCCGUUUAGUUUAGUAGGUGAACGUUUUGAUUGAUUGUUUUAGUCACUUUUCCAGUCACCUGUAAUUUAAACGUUUUUGGAAUUACUGACAUUUCACUCAUUAACGACCAAAUCAAUGUGUAUUAACGCGAUUUAAAUGCUAUUGUCGAUCACCGAUGACGUCAGUAACGGCACUGUAAUUCUAUCCCAUAAUGAUCAAAAUGUCCAUCAGGUAUUUUACGACAUAACAAAAACACGAUCUGUGUUAACCGUUAUCUGGCGGUUGUCCUGUUGUUUUGAUUCCUCUUCAUGAAAUACCAGCCUGUCUUGUAGAUUUACCGUGUCGUUGCAAAUAGUAGUUUCUUUUGACCACAUAUAUUUUCUAAGUGAUCUGUAGGUUUUUUCUACCUCAAUUUAAACAUUCAGUAUAGCCAUGUGUGAUGUUUUAAAUCUUAUUUCCGUGUUCUGUAACGGUAUUUUGUAGACUGCUGUCGUAUUAUGUCGCCCCUUAAUACUUGACCGUGAUUUGUAAUAAAAGAUUUAGUUUUA